AGCCAUGCCAGCCAACUUCACAGAGGGCAGCUUCGAUUCCAAUGGGACCGGGCAGAUGCUGGAUUCUUCCCCAGUGGCUUGCACUGAAACAGUGACUUUUACUGAAGUGGUGGAAGGAAAGGAAUGGGGCUCCUUCUACUAUUCCUUUAAGACUGAGCAAUUGAUAACUCUGUGGGUCCUCUUUGUUUUUACCAUUGUUGGAAACUCCGUUGUGCUUUUUUCCACAUGGAGGAGAAAGAGGAAGUCAAGAAUGACCUUCUUUGUGACUCAGCUGGCCAUCACAGAUUCUUUCACAGGACUAGUCAACAUCUUGACAGAUAUUAUCUGGCGAUUCACUGGAGACUUCAUGGCACCUGACCUGGUUUGCCGAGUGGUCCGCUAUUUGCAGGUUGUGCUGCUCUAUGCCUCUACCUACGUCCUGGUGUCCCUCAGCAUAGACAGAUACCAUGCCAUCGUCUACCCCAUGAAGUUCCUUCAAGGAGAAAAGCAAGCCAAGGUCCUCAUUGUGAUUGCCUGGAGCCUGUCUUUCCUGUUCUCCAUUCCCACCCUGAUCAUAUUUGGGAAGAAGACACUCUCUAAUGGUGAAGUGCAGUGCUGGGCCCUGUGGCCUGACGACUCCUACUGGACCCCGUACAUGACCAUUGUGGCCUUCCUGGUGUACUUCAUCCCUCUGACAAUCAUCAGCGUCAUGUAUGGCAUUGUGAUCCGAACUAUUUGGAUUAAAAGCAAAACCUACGAAACAGUGAUUUCCAACUGCUCAGAUGGAAAACUGUGCAGCAGCUACAACCGAGGACUCAUCUCGAAGGCAAAAAUCAAGGCUAUCAAGUAUAGCAUCGUCAUCAUUCUUGCCUUCAUCUGCUGUUGGAGUCCAUACUUCCUCUUUGACAUUUUGGACAAUUUCAACCUCCUUCCAGACACCCAGGAGCGUUUCUAUGCCUCUGUGAUCAUUCAGAACCUGCCAGCAUUGAAUAGUGCCAUCAACCCCCUCAUCUACUGUGUCUUCAGCAGCUCCAUCUCUUUCCCCUGCGGGGAGCGAAGAUCACAGGAUUCCAGAAUGACGUUCCGAGAGAGAACCGAGAGGCAUGAGAUGCAGAUUCUGUCCAAGCCAGAAUUCAUCUAGACCCUAGGACAGU